UUAAUUCAACCCCUGUGGUCGCGUAUUUGGAACAGGGCUCCAAAGCUUUUAAGUUUUAUGAACACCUUCCCCUGCCGCAAGUGACGGUUGUUUUUUAUCGAAAGGCCUCAUGGGUUAGAAACGAAGCGAAUCGGCCUGUGGAGCGAGUGUCGCGCGAUGCAUGAUGGGACGGGUAGUCCGUUACCUCAUUGGGGCGCUGUACUGGGGCAGCGGUGGGAACUACGAAGCGUCACCGAGGGGGCGGUGCUUCUCGGGGGCGCCCCUCUCGGCCCGCAAAAUGGCGUCGGGACCGAGGGGAAGCGGCGGCGGCGGCGGCGGCGAAAGCCGGCUGGUGUCGCUGCCUCUCUCCCGGAUCCGAGUGAUCAUGAAGAGCUCGCCUGAGGUCUCCAGCAUCAACCCGGACGCCAUUUUCCUCACCGCCAAAGCCACGGAGUUGUUUGUUCAGUACUUAGCAACACAUUCCUACAAACACGGCCAAGGCAAGGAGAACAAAGCCUUAACCUACAGUGAUCUCUCCCACACAGCGGAGAAGUCAGAGACGUUUCAGUUCCUGGCAGAUAUCUUACCGAAGAAAAUCUUAGCUAGCAAAUAUCUGAAAAUGCUUGAGAGAGAGAAGGAGGGAGAGCUGGAGGAGGAGGAGGAAGAUGAAGAGGAUGAGGAAGAAAGUGAAAACGAAGAAACAUCUUGAGUGUGACAAGGCUGAAUCUACUGUGCAUUAACUUUGGAGACUCAUGCUCAGUUUCUCUACUGAUUGAAUAUCUGGCAAGUGGAUUCUCAAAGCACAGGAGCACUUACAACGUCUGCAACAACUAUUUUUGUAUACAAGAUGGAACUGACCUAAUAUACACAUCUGGCAUCUAAGCUAUAGUUCUUUGUUGGAUGCCUGCUAAAAAAAUGUGGAUUCGCUAUCCAGUGUGUACUGACCUUCCUUGUCUGCUCAUAUUGGGCAAUUUCCAGAGGUCAAGUGUCUGAAGAGUAUUUUUGUUUAUUUAAUGUGCCAGAAUUAUGGCUGUCCUUUCCUAUGAGCUAGGGAAGCAAGAACUUUUUGUCAAUCCCCUAGAAGGGAAAUAAUUCUGUGUAGUAGCCAUACAGACUAACAUGGUUCUGUCACAAUGUCAUUCGUGCUGCCUGGUCAGGUAUUAAAACAGGAAACUGGCUUUCCGUUACUGAUUUCUGAUAGUCGAGAGUGGUGCUUAAAUGAGGACAAGUAGCAACUCACAGUCUCGUGUAAAUAUGUAUAUUUCCGAGGGUCAGUCACUAGAUUUAAGUAAAUACUGACUGGAAUAUUUUUGCUUUAGGAAAUGUGCAGUAAGAGUCAUUACCAUGUGAAACAGCAUAUUUUUUAAACGGUGAGAUUUGUGGAACCUUGAAUACAUUCUGUGUGAAACAAGUUUUAUAAAACAGACAAAUGGUAAAUUU